AUGACAAAACGUUUACGAGAUGAAGAGUUUGAUGAAACUUCUUCUCCAGAUUCGGAGAUACCCAGUACAUUCGAGACACAAGAUACACAAAGUACCUCAAUUCCCACGCCUCCAACCUCAUCCAAAAUUGUCCACCUUGAUCAGGGUAGCGGUGAAGGUCCAUCAGUAAUGCGGUGCUCUUUGCCAGGUCAUCACCGGACACUAUCCUUCCUUUCAUACGACGACUAUGAAGUACACUACAAGAAGUCUCACAUGAAUCGAUGUUUGGAAUGCCGCAAGAACUUUCCUUCGGAACACUUUCUUAACCUUCACAUUGAGGAAAACCACGAUGCAUUAGUUAGUGUUAGAAAGGACAGAGGAGAAAAGACCUAUUCUUGUUUUGUUGAAGACUGUGACAGGAAAUGCUCGACUUUUCAGAAGAGACGGAUGCAUCUCAUUGACAAACACAUGUUUCCUCAGCAAUAUGACUUUUUUGUUGUGAAUGAUGGUAUUGAUCAUAAGAGCUCCAUGCUUAGAUCAGGACGCCAUGGACAUCGAAGACACAGCUCAGCAGCACAGUGGAAGGCUGAUGAACAAGAUACUGAAGGAGAAGAAUCUACCAGUAGACUUGAUGAACCAUCAGUGCUGACAGAGGAUGAUUGUAUGAAAGGAUUAGAGUCACCAGCACCAGCUCUGGAAUCGGAAGUUGAUGAUAUGAAAGGACUAGAAACAGCUAUGUCAGCACUGAGAUUUGUUCCGAGCAGUGUUAGGUUUGGAAGGGGACGUGGAAGGGGAAGGGGAUUCAGCAGGAGAGUCUAUACUCGAGUAUUGGCACAGCACUUGUUCUAUUUGAUGAAACUCGUGAUUUCUGCAGCAGCUCGUAGCAUGUUGACUUCUUCAGUGAACGAGUCUGUCACCCUUCUGAUGGAGUUGAAUAUCUAA